CCUCUGUUUCCCGGUGAUGUCACGAUACUGGCCCGCGUUAGUGAAACCAUCGGAAUGCGACAACAUUGAUUGUAGAGGUUUACAGUUCUACUUGAGAAGUUAUUCAUAAGUCGUUUUAUCAUAAACGUACAUUUUGGGUAAAUACGACGUGUGCACUAAAAGCAGCUCUUUACCUAUUUGAAACGCUGCGGAAAUAACUUCUUGAUCUCACUUUGGACAGUCUUCUCACAGCGAGACUGCCUGGGUUAUUUUUUUCCUUGUUUGUUCUCAUGCGUGACCGUGAAAUGGUAUCAGGUGGAUUGUAAUCGCGUUGGAUAGACAUUCUGGUCUGAUGCCCAGCUGUCGCCAUGUUCACUAAGAAGAAGAAGCCCCGCGUCCAGAUCUCGGCGCCCUCCAACUUCGAGCACCGCGUGCACACAGACUUUGACGAGCAGGAACAGAAGUUUGUGGGGCUGCCUCGGCAAUGGCAGUCUCUGAUCGAGGACACGGCCAAGAGGCCCAAGCCCUUCAUCGACGUCACCGUCAUCACCACGGUGGAGCCCCGCAAGACCAUAGUGCGGGGUAGUAAGAUCGCCGUGGACGGCUCGCUGACAUGGCUGCUGGAUGAGUUUGACACCAUGUCGGUGACCCGCUCCAACUCCCUAAGGCGAGGCAGCCCCCCUAUCCAGCCCCGCAGAGACUCCGGAUCUUCGGGGGGAGGAGGCCAUGAGAACGGGGACCUGGCCCACCGGCCACACCACCACCCAGAUCACUAUGGAGACAUCAGAGACAGGGAGCAGCCCAGGCCGGACCAGUUAGCUGGUGGAGACUCCCGGCAGCCCCAGCGGGUACCCCGCUCUCAGCGAGAGGACGGCAGGCCACAGCAGCAGCCCCGGGGCCAGGAACCAAGCAGCAGGCACCGAGAGAGGGAGCGUCCUGGCCCACCCCCUCCCCCGCCAAAGCCCAGAGACACGGACCCACGGGACCACCACGACCAAGUAGUCCGCAGGGACGGGCCCAGCGACAAGAGGCCUAAGUCCAGCUACACGGGCAGGGACGGCAGCCCCCAGUCGCCCCGGGAUAAGAGGCCUCUCUCGGGGCCCAACAUCCGUAUGCCUAACCUGCCUGUCACAGAGGGGGUGAUAAAGACAGCACAGCAGACCAGCAGGCCGUUCAACACCUACCCCCGCGCUGACGUUGAAGGAGGAAGGAGCCCCACCAGCCAGGAGCUGAAGCCAGCCAGACCACACGAAGCACCGCCACACAACGGUCCUUCUAGUGCCUCCAGCCGAGACGGGGGAAAAGCACCGCAGAAGGGCCAGCUACGAGGAGACCCCCACCACUCCUCCCACCCUGUCCUGGGCCCUGAGCCCCCCCACAGCCACCAGCAGCAGAAGGCUCCCGUUCCCCGCCCCCCGGCCCCUGCCCUACCACCACAGCAGGCCCUCUCGCCCCAGAGGGAGCCCCAGCGGGUGUCCCAUGAGCAGUUCCGCGCCGCGCUGCAGAUGGUGGUGGACCCAGGUGACCCGCGCACCUACCUGGACCACUACAUCAAGAUCGGAGAGGGCUCCACCGGCAUUGUGUGCAUUGCCACCAUCAAGAGCACCGGCAAAUUGGUGGCUGUCAAGAAGAUGGACCUGCGCAAGCAGCAGCGCCGGGAGCUGCUAUUCAAUGAGGUGGUGAUCAUGCGGGACUAUCACCAUGACAACGUGGUGGAGAUGUACAACAGCUACCUGGUGGGAGAUGAACUCUGGGUUGUCAUGGAGUUCCUGGAGGGAGGGGCUCUGACUGACAUUGUCACACACACCAGGAUGAAUGAGGAGCAGAUAGCCACAGUGUGCCUGUCUGUGCUGAAGGCUCUGUCAGUGCUGCACACCCAGGGCGUCAUCCACAGGGACAUCAAGAGUGACUCCAUCUUGCUCACCCACGACGGCAGAGUGAAGCUGUCAGACUUUGGCUUCUGCGCCCAGGUGUCUAAAGAGGUCCAGCGGCGCAAGUCCCUGGUGGGCACACCCUACUGGAUGGCCCCAGAGCUCAUCUCACGACUGCCCUAUGGGCCUGAGGUGGACAUCUGGUCCUUGGGGGUGAUGGUGAUCGAGAUGGUGGACGGAGAGCCCCCCUAUUUCAAUGAGCCCCCCCUCAAAGCUAUGAAGAUGAUCCGUGACAACCUACCACCCAAACUCAAGAACUUACACAAGGUUUCUCCUCUUCUCAAGGGCUUCCUGGACAAAUUGUUGGUGCGAGACCCCACCCAGAGGGCCUCAGCCAAUGAGCUACUCAAGCACCCCUUCCUGAGCAAGGCUGGCCCGCCCUCCUGCAUUGUGCCUCUCAUGAGGCAGAACCGCAUGAGAUGAGAGCGAACGGAGACCUCUCCCCCACUAAGGAGUAGUGUCACAUGGACCCUCAACUCCCCAAGCUCACACCUCAGACUCACACUAUUCUGGAGCGAGGAGGUUUGACACUACAAGGAUGUCUAGCUUGAGCGGUUUGGUGCAGAAUGAGGCUUGGAAAGUGCUGCCUGCUGGGGUGACUCACAAAAAAACACUGUUAGCAUCCUAGCUGAAUGGUCUGAACCAUGCUUCCACACUACAGGCCUUCCUCACGACAUGGCCCAGACUCAACUCCAAAUAGACAGGACAUCAGAAAAGACUACUGAAGGAGGACUAUGCUUUUCUCUUACCACAUGAUGCAUUGAAGUAUUUUUUUAAUGAAAGUAAACACUCGGUUCCUGUUACAAACACUAAGCAAAGGUAGACACUGGAGUUGUGUUUUAGAUUAUUUUCUUUAUUUUUCUUGUAAGUAUGAUGACCAUAGAUAUAUCUGCUUUGUUUUCUCUAUUUUGUGAUUAUUUUUUGGGGGAGGGGGGGGGUUACAGUGAGAUAGAAGCUGCACGCCUGGUUGAUUCCAAUAUAUCAUAGUUUUUUUAAAUUAUUUUUUUAUUACAAGAUAAUUAGUUUUUUUUUUUUUUAUAUACCAGUGUUAAAUAGAAUAUCAUGAUAAAGUGAACAUCAAGGCAGAGUUUCAGCUGUUUCUUUCUAAAGGCUUAUUUGUACUUUAGGAAUUUAGCCAUGUGGUUUGUGCUCCCUGUAACCCCUUGAUCUGCUGCUGUAGACUUCAGCUGUUAGUUUAUAGUAGUAACCACUAGGUCAACGGAAGGACCACCCUUAUGAAAGCCCCCCCACACACACACAUACACACCUGUAUAUACAGAAAAUACUUUUUUGGGGUCAUUUUUUCUAAUUAUGUAUUUCUUAAACGCCCAACCUGGCCAGUCUGGACAAUGGUUCUGGACUAUGUGAAUGUAGUGCUGAGCCACAAACUGGCUCUGUGUUUAGAGAUGGAAUCUGCAGUAGGGGGAAACAGUCACUCCGGCUGCCCCACCACCGUUAUUUUUUUGUUUGCCGAGCUGAGGGGCGUUGCGCAGCUUGGGGGGGGGGGGGGGGGGGGGAUUAAUAUCGCAAAUGGACGUGACUGUUUCACCAUUUUGGAUAAGGAUCCCAGCUUUAAGGGCUUAUUAGAACAGGAAACGGACACACAAGGUGAGAAUUCGUGCUUGGCUAAAUGAAGUGUGCACCAGCUGCUAGAACUGAAUUCUUGUCCAUAAUGUAGCAAUGACAGGAACUGUAUGGCAGAAAACAGACCCACAUAUGCAAACUGAAAUAGUAAACACUCACCACAAUCACCCACACACACUUCAUGCAGAGCCCUACGAAAGUCUGUGUGGGUGGAAUCACGAAUCCAGACAUUAAAACGGAAUUCAAUAAUAUUUCAACAUUUAUUGAACUUUGGUAGGAAAUCAACUAAAUGUAUUUGAAAAUGUAUUAUUUCGCCAAGAUUAUCACAAGACAAACAAAUUGCAUCCGUGAAUUUGUAUUUUCCUUCAACUUUCAGAAGCAAAGGCAAGGUAAUGCCCUAUCUGAGUGCACGUUUGUCUACCACUUCGUGUAGCCGUUAGCAAUGAUGCUAAUAAUCGCCGUCUUCUGAAAGAUGGGAAGGCUUUCUAAAAAAAAAAUGUUUUAAUUGUUCAGCAUACUGCAAUCACACGUUACAGAAACACAGAUAACCAAACAAGUCUCUUGGCUGGCGCAAACUACAGCCAAAAAUAUACAUGUCUUUGAUUUUUCACAGACCUCGAAAGUGAUCUCCUGAUGUGGUUUAAGCAUUGUGGUGGACUUAGAACAUCAAAUGCUGCUGUUUUUCUAUUUAAAACGUGUGAUAUUUUUGUUGAACACGUGAAAAAACGGAGGGAAACCUGGAAAAACAGAACUUGGGCAAAAAAAUCUAACAGGUUUUAUAGGGCUCUAUUCAUCGUUAGUCCUUAUUUUUCUCUGAGCUUUCCCCUCCAAUUCUAGAGUAGUAAGACGAAGUGGCAUAUGUACAUUCACCAUAGAGAGCAUCCAAAGACCACGAGGCCUUAGUGCACAGCAAAGAGUAGCCAAUGUGUCUGUUCUGAGUUUCAGUGAGGAUAUCGGAACAGACUCCAUAAGUAGACACUAACACUACAUUGUGAAGUACUGUUGUUAAUUAGAUGCGUCAGAGGUUACUGUACGGUUUUAACAUUCUGUCAAUAUUCCAUAUUUCCAAAAGACACGUGGAUGUCUGUUAAAAGUGACAUGAUGAUUGGCAAGCCUGAGUAAGAUGUGAUCCGUCUGUGUUCCAUGUGUAAAAAAUAAAAUGUUCUUCCAGUUUAGUUUUGCAAAACUGAGUGAAAAGAUGGCCUGAAAGAAUGACAAUCAAAGUUAGUAAUUCACUGUCUGCUUUUUCAACUAUUCUGAACUGAUCACUUUUCAUUGCUUACAAAGUUUUGUAACUAAUUGUGCAGCAUUUUGAUAAACACAUUUUCUAAACAAAUCCUGUUUUGAUACUCAUUAAAUCCAUCUUUGCAUACUGUA